AUGGCAGCUCCGCGCGCUUCCUCCUUCAAAGCCUUGCGCAACCUCCAACGCGCAUCCGGGUCGACUCCGGCCAAACGGAGCCUGCACAUCACUGGAGUGCAUGCCUCUCCCCGACUAAUUGAUCCAACUCACAAGACAACCUAUACACCCUGGAACCUCCAGGAUCUUCGUCAGGAAUGCCAGAAGCGAACCCUGUCCGCCUACGGCACGAAACAUGAGUUGAUCGACCGACUUGCAGGUCAUGACAGUCUGCAGGCCCGAGCAUUCUCUAUUGCCAUCAAGCGGAUUGCCGUUGAGCAGACGAAGAAGCCGGUCUCAGGUCCAGCUGAGACAGCUCCCCAGCGUCAUUUCAAUACGUCGCGGGAGUUGAAAGCGGUCCACGACACAUCCACCAUUGACUUUGCCUACCUUCCAAAGCUGUACGACGACGUAGUUGGCCCCGUACCGGCAGCCAUUCGGGUCCCCAUCCUGCCCGACGUCGAUUCCGGUAGUGCUGAAGCAGUGAUGGACAAGUACCCCGAAUUGGACGCCGCAGCAGGUGGAUAUCAAGACACCAAAGGCCACGAGACUGUUCUGAAGCCGGAAAUCUCGACCGUGAACGACGCACUGGGGAGUCCCGCAAGUGCUUUGAGCGACGUGCACGAUGGCAAUCAUGCAACCGAGAUGUCGGUCGAGCAGCUCACGGCGUUGACGGAGACCGUGGGCAACAGUGCUCGGCAAUUCGUGGACACAGUCAAGGAGAAGGACGAAGCAACCAUACGCAAGAUCUGGAGUGGUUUCCUUGAUGACCUGUUUGGCGGGCCACAGAAAGGAGCCAAAGCAUGA